AUGGAUAUUCUGGAAGAAACAGGGAUGUCAGAUUGUAGACCGAUAGACUCUCCUAUGGAUCCUAAUUCAAAGCUCUCACUUGGACAGGGGGAGCCUCUUGCAGAUGCUGGGAAAUACCGAAGACUGGUUGGUAAACUUAACUAUCUCACCAUUACACGACCUGAUAUUUCCUUCUCUGUUGGUAUUGUAGGUUCUCUAUCUGAUAGACGUUCCACUUCAGGUUUUUGUAUUCUUGUAGGAGGAAAUCUUGUAUCUUGGAAAAGUAAGAAGCAAGAUGUUGUUACCAGAUCGAGUGCAGAAGCAGAAUACCGUGCAAUGGAUCUAGCAACUUCUGAGCUCAUUUGGAUGAAGCAACUAAUCCAAGAAUUGAAGUUUACAGAAGUAGUAAAGAUGAAGUUACUUUGUGAUAAUCAAGCUGCUCUCCAUAUUGGCUCCAACCCGGUGUUUCACUAG